GGUAAAUAUAGCUAUUAUUUACUGUGCCAGACAAAAGUAGGCCAGCUCUUGCUAGAUCGCUGUUUGUGUGCUUGCAUUUUACUCACGGCAGUCGUUGGCUAACUGGCUUACCAAAUGGACUGGAUGACGCUCGCUAUAGGGCUGGCCCUCAUUAUUGUCAUCUACCUGUGGUUCACCCAGAGGGACGCAGGCCUUCCCCCGUACCCUGUGAGACCUCUGCCCCUGCUGGGCCACGCCCUAGCACUCCAUGCCGACCCCAGGCCGCAGUUUAAACAGUGGCACAGGGAAGUGGGGGAUAUCUACAGCCUCAAGGUGUUUGGGAAUCUGAUGGUGAUGAUCAAUGGCUACGAUCUGCUACGGGAAAUACUGGCUAAACGGGGGAAUGAGUUCUCUCUUAGACCGCCCUUCUUUUUCGAUGAGGCGACAGGUAUGCCGGGAAAAGGUGUGAUUCUUGCAUCGGGUGCAAACUGGAAAGAGCAAAGAACAGUAACUCUAUAUCUGCUUCGUGCAUUCGGCAUGGGCAAGAACGUACUGGGAGAGAAAAUCCGUGAAGAGUUAGUGCACUUUAUGGAGCGUCUAACUCUACUGAAGGAAGAGCCGACAGACCUUAGACUAAGCACCAGCAUGAUCAUCGCCAACAUCAUCUGUUCGUUUCUCAACGGGCAGAGAUACGAGUACGAUGACGUCGUUUUCCACGAGCUCAUGGAAAAGUUGAGAGUUAUCCUAGGAGGGCAGAAAACAAGCGAACUAAUUAAUGUUUUCCCAUGUUUACGUCAACUGCCCGGGGAUUUAUUCAACGCCAAAAAGCUGGAGAAAAACGCCAAAGAAAUCAUGGACCUUUUCGUGAACAAGUUUGUACAUGAGAGUCUUCAAAGAAGCAUCGGAGGAGGUUCAGAUGACAGUUUCAUCCGCGCCUACAUCGCUGAACGCGAUAGGAAAGUGGCGGCGGGGGAACAUACUUUAAUGGACGAGGAGAAUCUGGCUAAAAUAAUUCUGGAUAUUUUUCUCGCUGGUACGGAGACGACAGGGACAUCUAUUCUGUGGGCGGUUCUGUAUGCAGCCAACUAUCAGGAUAUUCAAGACAAAAUCUUUCAGGAAAUUGAAAACGAGAUCGGCACCGAACGAUCCCCUACUCUACAAGAUAAACCAAAACUUGUUUAUUUGAACGCGUUUAUAUUCGAAACUUUGAGACUGGCUAGCAUCGCCGCGCAGUCCAUUCCGCGCAUGGCGUCAGAAGAAACGACCAUACGAGGGUAUAGGAUCCCUAAAGGGGCCGUCAUUCUACAGAGUCUUGACUCAGUCCUACACGACGAGAAGGUCUGGGGUCAAGAUGUCAUGACCUUUAAACCCGAGAGAUUUUUGGACCAGAACGGAAAAUUAAAAUCAUGUGACGAAUUUAUUCCCUUUGGACUUGGUACCAGAGUUUGCCUCGGGGAGGGGAUGGCCAAGGCCAUCGAGUUUUUGCUCCUGGCCACAAUGCUGCAGAGGUUUAAGAUUGUGCCACCAGAGAACGUAACGAAAAUUCCAGAAGACUACGUGUUUGCCUUAGACGUGGGUCCAGUUCCAUUUAAAGUGAGAUUAAUGGAGCGCAGAAAACUCUAAGAAUGUAAACAGUGUACACAUAUUUCUAUGCAGAAUUUAAUUGGUUGCUAACAACAACCACACUUAUAGAAUGUUGUAGAUUCUGAUUUAUACCGGUUACACAAAUAAAAAAAUAACACAACCACACUUAUAGAUUGUUGUAGAUUCUGAUUUAUACCGGUUACACAAAUAAAAAAUAAAAUAUACAUUUUAGUUAUAAAUCAUUGUUAUCAUCUCCUUAAUACACAUGUACUUGAAGUAAAUGUGCAGGUUUUUUUUAACAAAGCGUGGCAGUGCAAUGUAUUAAGCAUUGUAUUAUUAAAUGAAACGUUCGCCAUAAGAGAUGAAUGAUGGACAAAAACUAUUUAUAAGAAUUCUAUUAAUGAGACCACAUUCUCCAGAUUUGCCGAAGACAAAGUGGCUAUACCGAGUGACUGACACACUACCUAGCGGCUUUUAUAAUAUAUAGUCAUUUAAUCAAUAUACAAGUAAAUUAGUUGUAUAGUAUUUGUAAAAAAAUUAAUAUUAUUCGUUUUAGUCUUAUUUAUUAUAUUGGUCUGGACUGUUUUAAUGUAAUAAAUAUAACUCCUCUUUACCAUUGGACUCGUGUCAUUAAUCUUACUGGUGACAUCUGUAAACUAAAACAACGUGUGAAAAACAGUUUAUCAUUAUAAAUAAAACAAGAAAAACAUUUCUUAUUAUCUCUUUUUUAAAUGUCGAAUAAAAAUAUGAUUUAAAUGUACGUCUAAAAAUCAUGAAUAAA